CAAAUAAAUUCCUGAAAAGAUAUUAGCGUUAUUAGAAGAGAAAAAAGCUCGCGAAAUCCCGAGCGUCACUUGUUUCGGUUCAGUGUUUACUAGAGAGGUGUGGUGGACGGAGCCAGACGCCAGAUGCAGCUGUGAGCCAUGGAGGACAUCUUCCACUGGUGUCGUGAGGGGAACACGGUGCAGGUGCGGCUGUGGCUGGACGACACGGAGCACGACCUCAACCAAGGGGACGACCAUGGCUUCUCACUGCUGCACUGGGCUGCCAAGGAGGGUCACCUGGCCAUUGUGGACAUGCUGGUGACCCGAGGUGCCCGCAUCAACCCCACCAACCUCGGGGACGACAUACCCCUCCACCUGGCUGUGGCACACGGGCACAGGGAUGUUGUCUCUGUGCUGCUGCGACACAGGGCAGACGUCAACUUCAUUAAUGAGCACGGCAACACCCCACUGCACUAUGCCUGCUUCUGGAGCUAUGCACAGAUUGCUGAGGACCUAGUGCAAGCUGGUGCUUCCGUGUCCAUCAUCAACAAGUAUGGGGAGGUGCCGCUUGACAAGUGCCGUGGUACCAUGGCCAAGAAGCUUCACACCAUGGCCGUGGACAGCGGACAGAACCUGGAGAAAGUUGCCUUCAAGGACCAGAGUUGGCUGGGGCUGAAGACUCGGAGUCGAGAUGCCACACUCUCCCGCCACAAGGGUAUCAACAUCAGUGAGCUGGCCCUGCACACCAAGAUGGCUGUGAGUCCCUCUGGGGAGCUGUGGAGGGGCAAGUGGCAAGGAAAUGAGAUCGUGGCCAAGAUCCUCGCUCUCAGGGAAUGUUCCAGCCGCAUCUGUCGCGACUUUAAUGAGGAGUUUCCCCGACUGAGAAUAUUCUCACACCCCAAUGUGCUGCCAGUGGUGGGGUGCUGCAACAGUCCCCCAAACCUGGUGGUGAUCACGCAGUACCUCCCGCUUGGAUCACUUUUCAACAUACUGCAUGAGGAGAGCAAUUUCGUCGUCGACACAGCCCAGGCUCUCAAGUUUGCCCUGGACAUUGCUCAGGGCAUGGCAUUCAUCCAUUCUCUCGAGAAGGUGGUGCCCAAUCUGUACCUCUCCUCCAAGCAUGUCAUGAUUGAUGAUGACCUCACAGCUCGCAUCAGCAUGGCAGAUGCCAAGUUCUCAUUCCAGGAGCGAGGAAAAGUAUACUCCCCGCAGUGGUUCUCACCUGAAGCCCUCCAGAAGAAACCUAAGGACCUGAAUGUGAAGGCAGCAGACAUGUGGAGCUUUGCAGUAACCCUGUGGGAGAUGGCAACCAGGGAAGUGCCAUUUGCUGACCUCACCCCCAUGGAGGCUGGCAUGAAGAUAGCAUGUGAGAGCCUGCGGGUGAGUGUACCUCCAGGUAUCUCACCUCACAUCUCCAAACUCAUCCGUAUCUGCAUGAAUGAGGACCCAGGAAAGAGACCCUCCUUUGACAUGAUCAUCCCUAUUCUGGAGAAGAUGUGUUCCCAGUAAUAGUCCUCUCAUUCCAUCAGGAAGGCUCUCAGCAGGUGUGGCUGUGGGUUCUGUGUGUGGUUACUUAUCCAUGCUGGUCUUGGGUUUGGAGUAUGUUGUGAAGAAAGUUGUGUACACCUCAUGAUUCAGGGCUUUGUUAAGAUCCCAUUUACACAUUUUAAAAGAAGGGACGUGUGUGUAGUGGAUGGCCAAUACAUGCACCAGUUCGUAGUUCUGUGUGUGUAUAUCAGACCGUGCAAACAAAUGGUAAUGAUAGACUCAUGUACCUACCACUGAGUCCUGUAGUACACUAGUGUGAGUGCUACAUGUGCUGUGAAGGGAGUGGAUAUGUUACAUGAGGUCCUUUCUGCACAUGAUUAUUAUUAUUGUCAACAUUUAAAUGCUUAGUGUACACCAUUUGAAUUCUUUCUUACAACAGUUAAUUACAGUUGCUUCUGAACAGUUACAUAUGAAGUCUUUGACCAGAUAGAGAGCUUCAUUUACACUGUAUCUUGCUCACUGAUGAAGACUCGUUCACAGUGUCAAAAGUUGUAUCCAGUAUAUCAAGAGCCCCAUGUAACCAUAUAUAUAAGUAUGCCAUAUCAAUAACUCGCUGCCUGCUUAUAACAGAAGAAUCUUUGCACAGGACAACUUGCAUUCAGAACCGCAAGGCACUUUUGAAAUUAAGUUAAAAUGAGGUGUACAUGUGGUGGAGAACUUGCAAGAAUUAAUAUAGACUUUCAAAUAAUACUAUAGAACUGCUUCCCCCUACUAUGAAUGGAAGGUUUUGUCUGCUGUGCUAAGGAGACACCGCCAGAACAAGAUGAGAAUCCGUGCGGUGAUUGUAAUGUCCACCAGAGGGCAAGAAUCAGUAAAACGUGCCCUACGAUAUGCCAUCUUUUUUCACUUGGACUUGCCAUGUACUUCCAGCCAGUUAUUUGUUAUUCAUUUUCAUCAUUAUUUAUUUAUUUACUUAUUUUUAUUGUAGGCCUGGUAAUAUUUUUUUUCUCUGCUUUUCCAAAUUCAAGGUAGUAAAUGUGUCCUUUCCAUUGGUUUUAUGCUACAUCUACUCUUCUUGUGUGUCUGGUGAUUUAUUUUUCUAUUUAUUCAUUUACUUGUUUUUAAUCUUGUCUCAAAUUUUUGCAUCCAUGUUGAGUGCAAUAAAUUUUGGUAUUACAUUACUGUGGACCAGCAGAAAUUUUGUCAUGGAAAGCUAAUCCGUGGAGGACACAAAUGUAUAUACAUCUUACUAAGGCAAAAUUUCUAAAACCUCUUGACAGCAAUACAUAACUCCUCUUUGUUAGUAUAGUUAGGCUUUGCAAAAACUUAUUAAUUUAACACUCUUCAAAGUGCAUUAUUGUACAAGUCAUCACAUAGGUAAUGUAGCUAGUUCAAGGAAGAGGAAAUUACAUAUAUAGUAUAUAUACAUAUAUAUAUAAUAUAUAUUUUCUUGUCAGUCUAAUUUAAUAUUUGUAAUAAGGUGGAGUCAUGAUUUUAAUAGAAAGAAGAAGUAUAUAAGUUUCAUAUUUUGAAUUAUGGCAUACAUAUAUAUUUUUUCUAUAUUUUAGGUCUGAUCAUGUUUUUAUAGAUAUAAAAUUAACAUACAGCAUCCUAAAAAGUAGUGUAUAAUCAGCCUAAUAAGCUCUCUUCAUGUAGGUAUUAGAGUCAUAAAUUUAAAUAACAGAUUCAUGUCUUCAGACGAGACACUCAAGACUAACACGUAGUAUUCCGCUGAGAUGAGAGUAAUGACCUUGUUUGUGUGCCAAUUAACUGUGUUCUGGUAUUGUGAGGCUGCAGUGUGUUGCAGUGGUUCAGCAUUUAGCAGUGUAGUGUGAGGUCUUGCUCUUCUCUCUCAUCUAGGUGCAAACACCUGCAUGUAUUUCAAAUGAAGCACCAUUUUAUCUUGUGCAGCAUCCCACCACUAAUAGCAGUCGUGUGGCUGUCUUGAUGGGUAAACGCCAUUCUUCAAGCAGAGAGUAAUUCUGCCAGGGAAGCACAGCAUCAUCUGGCAAUUAGUGGAAUCAUUGUAUAAAGUUAUUUACAAACUUCUCUGCACACUUUUCCCACAUUUUAGUGUCCCUGUGUAUAGCAUGAUCUCGCUGUGAAGUGCAGUCCCUUUACAGUCAUCACUCAGUACCAGUAAUGUUAAGACUAUUUGCUUCCAUAUAUCUGCUGAAUAGUUGCCAAGAAUCUGGUAAAACCUCAUUCUGGUGGAUUUCAGAGAGCAGAGGCAUGAUGUUUAGCAAUGGUCCAUAAUAAGUCAUUAUAUCUAAACCUAAAGUUUAAAAAUUUGACUUGUUUUGAGAUCUGAGAUAUUGUGCAAGACUUCUGCUCUACUUGGAUCACUAGGGUGGGUUUUAUGCUAAUGUUUCGAUCCAGCCCCUUGCUGCUUUGUAUGUCUAGUGUAUGCGUUUGAAUGUGUGCUUACAUGGUUGUGUACGUGUGUGUGUGUGUGUGUAUGUGUGUGUGUGUGUGUGUGUGUGUUGCAUGUGAGGAAGCAGAGUGAAAGAUUCAUAUGUAUAUCUUAACCACUAAUAAUGCCAUCACUAGACAGGAUAUGGGAUGGGGAACAGGAACCAAAGUUUUGCCCGGUCUCAUGGAACUUGUAUCCUAGUUUAAAUUAAUGCCUUCUUGGGUGAGGGAAUGGAGGGAGAAGAAUACCAGUUGAGCAUGUCCGUCACACCACGCUACUCUUGUUUAUAGCAUUGUAAGGUAUGUUUGAUUUACAUCAUUAUAAACGUCAGUAUAUUAUGCACAACUCAUCUUGUUUGUGUAUAUUCCUAUUUGAUUCCCAUUCAUGUAUCAUAAUUUUAUUAAUUUUCCUGACAUCUCAAGUUUCCCAUAGUGAAAAAUUAAUGCUCUUUCAUGUUGUCCUUAGAAUAAACUUAUUUUAUUAGAUUUGUUGUUUAGACGAUCAUAAUUAAUUCUUAGCCAAACUGCUGGUGGCUUAAUUCAUCUCCAUUCAGACAGUGUUAUCAGACAUCUCCUUUGUCACUUUCUUUGUGUUGCUUGGUAGCCGUGGGUGUGGCUGGCAUGCUGAGGGUGAUCCAUCAGAGGCAGUCCCAUGUUAGGGUCUAGGGAAGGUGGCAGCGUAGCGUAGCCUCCUUGAGUUUGGUCUUGUCUUAGUCGCCUUACGUUACUUUAAUGAAAAAUGAGAACAUCACACGUUAUCUAUGCAACUUGUAAUAUAAUAGUACUUCUCUCAACUUUUAUUUCAAUACCAUAGUCUUAUAUAAUGUACUACUAUUGCCUCCAUAGAUGAUGCAGGAAUGGAUGGUUGCUUGCUACCUGAUUGAUUGUCUAGAGCUACAGUGCAAAAGAUAAUUAUUUGCUGUUGUGAGUUUCAAGUGUUGUCCCGAGUCUUGUCUUGCCUCACUUCUGGUCAUCUAUGGAGGAAACAAUGCUUUAGGUUUAGUCGACUGCAUUUAGAGCAACCUCCAGCAUAACUGACACAAAGUCACAUAGCACAUAGGUCCAUAUUUUCAAAUGUUUUGAUGGGUUACCUCCACUGCUUUCAACAGGCUCUAGUGGAAGUGAUAGGGAGAUUUUUAGGAGGGUUUUCAUGAUUAUAGUGAUAGCUUUACAGAACUUCUGCACUACCAGUGGUAAGGAUGUCAUGAGAACCCAACUAAUUAUCUCUGUGGCCUUUGAAAAUUGUUCUCGUGAGAACCUGAUGCAUUUGAAAAUGUGACCCUUAGUAUUAUAGUAUUUGCUAAGUCGUAUUGUGAAGUGUGCACCCAUAAAAUAAUGCUGUGUUUCAUGUGUAUGUAAUCUAUAUCUAUCCAACUGGAUGCCUUAUUGCAUUUGCAGUGAUUUGCUUUCUUCCAUUGCAAGUGAUGAAUUGUGGUGCUAUUUUUACAUGAUAAUUCACAAGAAAAUAAAAGGGAAAGAAACUUACUACAUGCCAUACAGGUUAGAGUGGUCCCUGGAAUAAAGAAGUACUGUCAAAUAACCCCUACAAUAUAAACUUAUACAAUAUAUUUUACAUACAGAGUAAAGACUAAUGAAUAACCUUGUCCCUGCUACAGAGUUAGUCAUGAUCAGAAAUCAAGUAAUCUGCCACACUCACUUCUGUGUUCACCAUUUUCCCUCAAUCUUGAGCCCUUGCACCUGCUGAGAAUCUGUCAGGAUCAGAUUUUCCUACUAGGCAGCCAACAGACCAGUGGGCUUAGGAUUGAGAGAAAACAAAGCACAGAGGAAAUGAAUGCAGACUGUAACUUGAUGUGUGACCUUGACUACACCAAGUGUCAUGGUUGGUGAAGGUGGAGGAUUUAGGUGGCUGGAAUUAAUCCCAUUAAUAAUGAUUACUUGUACUUGUCUGCCAGCCUCUCUCCUCUUCCUGGGAUUCAUGUCCAUCAUGACUAGUGAAGUAUGUAUGAAGUUUUCACAAGCUUAGAAAAUGUGUCACUCAGAAAGGGAUGAAGCUGUAAGCUUUAUCUUUUCAUUGAUCAUUUAACCAAGUCUGUGAUUGUAAAAUCACUUGUAUUUACACACUAAUAACUUCUGAUUAUGCAUGUAUUAAUCUCUGCAUGUAAAAUUUCUUCCUUAUGAUUUACAGUUUAAACUCAAUUUAUAGUGAAAUAUUGCCAGAACUUAAGUUUGCAUAUUUCAAGAAAUAUACUUUUGUUUCAUAUGCAUUGUUAGAAAUUCUACAUCAAAUUGAAUUUAAAAUUUUCAGUGAUUUUGUAUAUUCUAUUCUGUGGAUUUUGAGACAAUGGUUUACUCCAUCACAGCCAUUCUGUCAUUUAGUAUCCAGUAAGAUUGUCAGGAAUGAUUAUGGAUUAGUAAUUGUGCAAGAUGAUAAUGUUGUUUUAUUGGCAGUAUAAACUGAUAUAAGUGACAAGUUGCUUAGUUAUAUGAGGUGCCUUUUGACUUUAGUACUGCAUUCAUCUUAACUAGUAUCUCAUAUUGCAAUUUUUUUAUUACUUAUUUUAAUUAUGUAUAAUUCAUAUCUGUAUUAAUAUUUGAGAGGAUUUUUCAUUUAGCACUAUUAUGAAUCAGCUGUGUAGUAAUCUUAAAAGGUUGUAAGAUACUAUGAAAUUGGCCUUAGUAAUGAAUUCAUCAUAACAUGAAUUGACCAGCAGGAUGAACAACUUUACCAGCAGGUUAACCCUCUCACCACAUUGACACAUGCAUGUAGUGCACUCAAGCUGGGUGGCUCUGUGGGGCUUUGUUCAGCUCACAUCCUUGUAGACAGCCGAGUAACAGACCAGUCUCACUGUGACGUGCAUGUAAGAGUCAUUGAUCUUACUUCAGCAUUUGCCAACUAGGAGAGCUUGCUUUUGGUUUGGUGUUUAUGUAAGUUUCUUCAAAAUCCCUCUCCCAUAUAGGUAUGGAGGGAAAGAAAGAUUUUGAGCAUUUCUUCAUUAGUUUUUUUUUAUUACUAAAUAUUUUGCAUGUACUUUUUAUGCCUAAUAAUCUUGAUAACUUAAAAUGCAAAUAAUGUUUUUUACUAAGAUUUUGUUUUCAUUAUGUAGUUGUGUAUCUUUAGAAUACUGAAGAAAGUUUCUCUUCAGAAUUAUCAAACUUUCACAUCCUAGAAAUGUGAUGCUUAAUGUUAACAGUUUAAUCUCACAGGCUUUCAGACUUUAUUAUGAAUGGACCCACAAUAUAAUACUUUCAUGAUUUCAUUCUGAGAAGUCCUGUUAAAUACAUACAGGAAUAGGCCUCACAGUAUAAAAGAGCACUCAGUGUAGACACCAUCGUAACAGGGGUGAUGAGAGAUAUAACAUGAAACAGACAAAUCUCUGGAUGAUUUUAACAUUACUUACAAACAUUUCAUUGUGGUCCAUGCUGAUGCAGUUAACCAAGAAUCAGAUAAAGGUUGUGCUUUUUUCUCAUGUUCUAGCAGUGAUGCAUAUAGGUAUCAUUUUCCAUUGUGAAUGUGGCAUCCCAAACUGUACCCGGAAGCAAAUGGGGCUCCAGUGAAUUUAAUCUUUAUCCAUGAACCUUCACCUUUGUAAGAAAGCAAAAGUAUCUCUUCCAUGCCAUCGCCACACUUGGCCCAUUGAUUCUCGAGUGGUGGAAGCAGUCCGCCCUCACACUUGCGGUGGCUUGUGGCCGUGCCUUAAAUCUCUCGUCUCCUAGUGUAGGAUUCACGUGUCCAGCACCACUGUUGUUCUCUGAGGUGCUGUGACUUGUGGAUUUACUGUAGACUUUAGCCAUGUUCUAGGAAGCCUCACUUAGCACCAGGCUAACAAACACAGACUGAAAGCUGACUACAUAUAUGAGUACUAUCAGAUCAGCUUUGUUUACAUUCAGCUACUGUGUUUGUUCUGCACCGUUUUAUUUGUUACUGAUGAUUCAGACUUAAGAUCACACACAUAUUGUAGGAAGCUGAAUGCCUUUCAUCAUAAUUCAUAUAAACUCACAGUAUUUGAUGCUUUAUUAAUCAGUCAUACAUUCAUUUAUAUUAAUCUGAUUAGUUUUCAUGAAAAUCAGCUUUAAAAGUGUAUAAUCAGAUAGAAGUAAUGAUAAAUAUUACUUUUUAACUAAUUCUUACACUAAUACCAUUGAGUAAUUUGUGUCAUAUCAAUACUACAAACCAACAGACAUGGCCAAGGUUUACUGUCAUUGUAUCCCAGUAGCCCUUAACACCCCCUGUUCAGUCCCCAAGGCAGUGAUGCGCCUCCCAACACACCCACACCUGCAACCCAGAACACCUCCCUUCCUCCCUUCCCACACACCAAGAAUCUCUUCUGCUUUUGUGAUUUUUCUUGAAAGUGUUCUUAGUCAGUGCCUUUUGGAAGAAUAAUUUUUGUGGAUACUCUCACAUCCCUUAAGCAGAUCAGCCAAGGCCAAAACACACACACACACACACACACACACACACACACACACACACACACACAUUCACUUAUAGUUUUGUGUUCAGUGCGCAUGGAGUGUUUGUCAACUAAUAAUAUUAAGUUUGUGUAAAUCACUGCCAGUUUUAUGUUAAUGAAUGCCUGAACCAAAAUAUUGAUAUGUAUACUAGACCACUUAAUAAAUGUCUGAAAUUAAAAA